GAGCUCCGGCUGUCCCUGUAAUGACUGCUGAGGCGCCGGGAGGAGAGACCGGGCUGUGACUGCGGAGGCAUACGUAUGACUGGCGCUUUACUUCAGUGUUCUGUGCAUGCCCCCCUCUGCUGAAGGUACUAAAUGCCUUAACUUCAUGUUUCUUCUUGCACAGACGAUACGCCCAGUAAAUCAACAAGAUGGAGGCUCCCUGCCCGCUGUCUGCCAAAUUUGAAGGGACGUUUGCAUACUACACAGUGAAAGACAGACUAACGCAGAUUCUAACAAAAGUGAUAGACACUGUACAUCGGAAUAAAAAUACGUUCUUUGAAGCUCAUGGGGACGAAGGAAUGGAGGCAGAGAAAAAGGCUUUGUCUUUCUUUUCCAAACUGCGGAACGAAUUGCAAACCGACAAGCCCAUCCUGCCGCUGAACGACGAGAAGCCGGACACACAGAUCUGGAAUCAGUACCUGGACUACCAGAAAACGCUACUGAGCAAUGGUGAAGAGCCCAGCUGGUUCCGGUCCCCUUGGCUAUACGUGGAAUGUUACAUGUAUCGCAGAAUUCAAGAAGGGAUGUUGCUGAGCCCUCCAAUAUCUGAAUUUGACGUCUUUAGGGAUGUGAAGAAUGAAAGUUUCUUUCAGUCCCAGCAGGCGAUGUUGGCUCUUUGCAUUCAUCUUCAGGAGCUUAAAGGGAAGAUUAAUAGUCUUAGUAAUGAUGAGGUCCGGGAUGAGAUCAACAAGCUGCUGCAGGUGUCUCUAUGGGGAAACAAGUGUGACCUUUCAAUAUCCGGGGGUCAAGACAACUCCCAGAAGACCAGCGUACUGUCUUCGCUUGAGGACUUCAAAGCAUUUAUACUGGUGGAUGAUAUGGAUUCUCUCUGGAACAUCCUCUCAAGGAACAGAGAUGGGAACACCGAGUCAAGAACAAGGGUUGACAUAGUCCUAGAUAAUGCUGGGUUUGAGUUAGUCACUGAUUUUGUCUUGGCGGAUGCCAUACUGUCUUUGAACCUGGCCACGGAAGUUCAUUUUCACGGGAAGGUCAUGCCAUGGUAUGUCUCAGAUACCACAAAGCGCGAUUUUGACUGGACAAUUCAGCAGUGUCUAGCCAUCAACAACAAGUGGAUGUCAAAGUGCGGACAGACCUGGAAGGAAAACCUAAAGAAGGGACGCUGGGUCUACCAUGAACAUCUUUUCUGGACCCUGCCCCAUGAGUUCUGCACCAUGGCUGAAGUGGCUCCCGAUUUAUACACCGAGCUGCAAAAAUCUGACUUAGUCUUCUUUAAAGGAGACUUGAACUACAGAAAACUUACUGGAGAUCGGAAGUGGGACUUCACUGUGCCCUUCUCUCAGGCACUCCGAUCCUUUCACCCUGCUCCAUUGUGCAGUGUUAGAACCCUGAAGGCCGAUGUGCAGGUGGGGUUGCAAGCAGGGGUCGGAGAACGACUCUCAGCAACGGAGACAGACUGGAUGAUAUCUGGCAAAUAUGGCAUCAUCCAGUUUAGUCCUGCAGUUUGAUGCAGUUUUCUUUCUCUAGUCCCUCCUAUGCUUCAGUUAGCGUGGCAUGCUGCAUAUGUCUGUUAAAGCUUUAGUAACUGAACGUCGUUGAGCUUCAGUUUACAGCAGUCUCGCUUGUCAUUCCGACAGAUGAAAAUUAAAUUGGACUUGUGCUCUUAAUGUAAUAGCUACACAUGAGCUAUAGCUUUAAAACCGUCUGCCUAAUAUCGUGUAGGUCCGUCUUGUGCUCCUAAAACAUCUCAGAUCCGUGUGGCGCCAGCAGCAGAUCCCGUUAUGAAGUGGAACCUCCAUGGAUUGGAGACGCAUCAAUGAGCCUUUGACCCUGUCACCAGUUCACCGAUUGUCUUUCUUUGGACCACUUUUUGCCAUUUUGCAGAUGCUUAUGACCCCGUCGCCUAGCCUUUACAUUUUGGCCUUUGUAAUAGCUAGUCAGAUCCUUAUGCUUGGCCAUUUUCCCUGCUUCCCACAAAUCAACUCAAGAACUGACUAUUCUAUUACAGCCUAAGGCAGGCAUGGCCAACCUGCGGCUCUUCAGCUGUUGUAAAACUACAACUCCCACCAUGCCCUGCUGUAGGCUGCCAGCAGAAGGCAGUCUGGGCAUGCUGGGAAUUGUAGUUUUGCAACAGCUGGAGAGCCUCAGGUUGGCCAUCCCUGGCCUAAGGCAUCAUACACAUGAUCAUAUGUGUUUUGCAGAAUGGACAUACGGAUGUGCUGCCCUCAUUUGUUGCAUCCCCAUUGGGCUCGAAUGCAGAAAAAAUAUAUGUUUGUGUGCAUGGGUCCCAAGGGUUGCCCAUACACAGUGUGGUUGUCAGCAGGAUCCACAUGCAGAUUACCCACACGGACACGAUUACAUCCCACCCGUCAACAGGUGCCAUUUUCGUGAGAUACUCAGUAGCUCAAGGGCUUCUUGCUUACAUUAACCACACUGGUUCAAGCUCCAAGGCUGAACGGAGAAUGCUUGUAGAACUACUGAUUGAUUUUUACCUAUUUUCUAAUGUAAAUAGGAAUGUUUGUAUUCAUUGAAAGUAAGCAGAGGACCAGAAAAUGGUCACCAGUUGAUACACGAAGUAGAAGUUGCACAAUUCCCAUUUAUUUCUCUUUAGUUGAAAGGCAUAGGAUGCGCCUUGAUAGUUUAUACUUAAAUAUUUUCGUACAUACAGAUGCAUUUCAGAUUCACAUUUUUUUUUGCACAGUGUUUUUUCCAUCUCCUCUCCAUAGCCUAAGGAUGCCUGAGCGAUUUUGGUGGAAUGGGCCGAAUAUCUGCCCAGUGAGAGCGCGUACUGCAAAGAGAUCUACACCCGACUCUGGCCCACAGUCUGUGUUAUUCACUAGGCGUGCAAGAAAUAUGUUCUCAAACUGAUUGAUUAAUUUUCUGGUUCCGAUGUGUAAUAAAGACUUCAUAAAAUAUAUUUUUAA